UUUAAGAAUAAUAAUGAAUGUAAAUAAAAUGUGUAGCGUUUGUGGCCAUAAUAAAGGAGUUGGCCGAAAUUACUGCGCGAUUACCUGCGAGUCGUGUAAAAUGUUUUUCAAGCGAACGGCACUCAAAAAUCAGACGUUUGACUGUCCGUCGGGUGGAAAAUGCAAAAUAAAUGCAAUCACUAGAAAGUUAUGCACCAAAUGUCGGAUUGAAAAGUGUUGUGCCGUCGGAAUGCGAAAAGAAUUGUUGAAAAGCUAUGGGUUAGUAGAUGUUGACCGAGAGUACAAUACCAGUACUAAUGAAAGCUCACCACAAUCCGCACAAUCAGAUGAUAAUAACUGCCAUGAAAUUGAUAUAUUGCUGGAAAACACCAUCAAUACGAGUGCUGAAGAGCUGAUGGAUCAGAUCAGGGAUAUUGAAAACUAUGUGACAAACAAUAUAUUCGUCGCCAGCGAUAAACAGUUGCCACAAAUGCCAGUCAUUCCCGUAUUCCGGGAACUCAUCGACUAUAAGGGUUUGAAUCAAUUAGAGUGCAAUCGGAUGCGGGAAUUGAUGACAGCAUCCGAUGUAUUCAAACGCUACGAAUUGGGCAAAAAUAUAGUGAAAAGCAAAGACAAGGAUGUGGUGACCAAAUUAUUUAUGCCCCGAACUGAGGCCCACAUCAGAGAUGUAAUAAAUUUUACCAAGGGCCUUAAAGCAUUUGUCAAUGUCUGCCCCGAUGAUCAGUUGGCCCUGAUCAAAUAUAGUUUUAUGGAGGUUGGAUAUGUGUACCCGGAGUGGGAAAGGGACCCAAUCAUUUUGGAGCUGUUAACUGCGAUUAUAAUAUUCAACCCAAAGCACCCCGAUCUCAGUCAUAGAGCUAGUAUUAAACUCGAACAACAAAUAUACAUAUAUUUAUUGCGCAAAUACUUACAAUUGAAAUGUCGGUCACAAUUUGAAUCGGAGCUGAGAUUACAAACGUUAAUGAAUUCAAUGACUGAUCUGAAGAUUGCCGGAGAUUUGCACAGAGAGGACGAGAUUAAUGAAUACCACAAUUAUAAGCCAUAUUACGGACCACUACUUAAAGAGCUCUAUGGACUAUAAAGUUAUCUCAACAUAAUCAUUUUUGUAAAUUAAUUUAUAUUUAUCAUUCAAAUAUGAUUAUUCUUUGUGA